AUGUCUAAUCACGGACGACGUACGAGAUCAAAGUCCAGCUCACCACAUAAGUUACACAAAACACCUCGGUCGCAGAUACAAGAUCAACGGGAUCACCGCGAUACAAUGACACCAGGUGGAGGGGUUUAUCAGGGUUCAUUAUACCAGUAUUUUCCAGCAGAGCAGUACGUACCUCAGCAUUCGGACGAGUACUAUUCGCAAGUACCACUACCACCACCGCUACCACAACUUCGAUCACAACAGACACAUCCCGCGAAUCCCAACGACCCAAGCUGGAAUCUACUAAUCCCUACGCAACCAUGGUUGAACGAAUUUCGGCCUCGGUGGCCAUCUGAUGGGGGCGAUAGAGUUGUUACGGAUCCGAUACCUCAAUGCUAUAGUGUUGAGCAUGCGAUUCUGAUUCGGGAUGCUUUGACGAAGUUUCAUCUUGCGGUGUAUCUAGCCGAUGAGGAUGCAGGGGAGAGUGAGGAGAGGAUGAUGGCUCAUUUGGAAGUGAUUUGCAAUCAGUAUAUGGCGGCUAUGUCGACGCUGGGAAUCCAAAAACACCAAAUAGUAUUCUUCUACCACGGUCGUGGCUACACGAGAACAGGAAACCAGGUGUGGGAUGCUAUUAGUGAGUGGGAGGCGAACGCAUCCAAGGAUGGAAAGCCGCGCAGCUACAACCGUUAUCCAAGACACGGUCAGAAUGUGCCCAGACAGAAGAACAACGAUGAACGGCAAGGAAGAAGGACAAGAUGGACCUACGACGAGGAUGAUUGGAAUGGCGGAGAUCAAAAGUGGUAA